ACAGUAACUAUCGUAGACAGAGAAAACUUGUAUUAAUAGUCUAAGGUAACUAUGGACAUGUAUUGCAAGUCUGUAGUCACUGUCACUGUCUACUGAAUGAAAUGAAUGAUUAAGUGAAUAAAUGAAAAAUAGACUGAAUGAUUAAUAUUAACAGAAUGAAUGUUAUUUAAUAAACUCAAUCUAAUGAGUAUUUACUACUGAAUUUAACAAGUUUAUCUUGUUCAGUGUUAAAUAAAUUAAACACUAUUGUAUUCAUGUUAUCAUAUACGUGCUCUUAUUUAUAAUAAUAUUAAAUAUGUCGGCUCCUUCUACGGCGAAAGAAGAGUCUUUUGAUGACUUCUAUACAGAGGUUAAGGAGAUAGAAAAACGUGAUUCAGUAUUAACACCGAAGCAACAAAUCGAUAGACUAUUACGUCCAGGAUCCACAUAUUUCAACCUCAAUCCUUUUGAAGUUCUACAAGUGGAACCAGAUUCUUCACUCGAUGAAAUUAAGAAGAAGUAUAGACGAUUGUCUAUUCUUGUUCACCCGGAUAAAAAUAUGGAAGAUUCCGAGCGAGCUCAACAGGCAUUUGAAAUAGUAAAUAGAUCAUGGAAAACCUUGGAAAAUGACGACACAAGGAAAAAAUGUUUGGAUAUUUAUCAAGAAGCCAAAGAAAGAACUGAUCAUAUGAUUGAACAAAAGCGGAAGAAAUUGAAGAAGGAAAGUAGGAUGGCUGAAGGCAUUCCAGAGGAUGACCCUGUUAAAUAUAAACAUGCAGUCUAUGUUAUGACUAUGAAAUUGUUUGCCGACAUGGAGAGAAAACGGCAGCAUUUAGAAACAAGAGACAUGGAAGAGAGGAAGCGAAAACGUGAGGCUGAGAUAGAGCAAGAAGAACAAAUGUCUCUAGAGAAGGAGUGGGCAAAGAACUUUGAGGAAUCUCGACAAAACCGCGUAGACAGUUGGAAAACGUUCCAGUCUGGUGGCAGUAAAGAAAAGAAGAAGAAGAAGAUAAUGGGCUUCAAACCGCCGAAACCCAAGCCAGAGAGCAGAUAACUCUUGUGGUGGACAAGAGUUCUCUUAUUAGUGUACAUUAGAUAACACAUUUCAAAUCUUUGAUAACUUACGUUUCAGUCAUACAUUAGUAUAUAUUUUAUAAGAUGUGACA